AGCGCCGCGCCACGGUUCAGUCGCCGAAACUAACCGAACGUCAGGCGAGCGCGCCCGAUCCUGACGCCAUCUAGCGGCGCACCGCGCGCCCCGCUCGCACCUGCCUGCUGCCCGCCAGCCGACAUUCUCCGUCGCGCUUGCACCAGGGGCACGUAAAAAUAACCUCAAAAACCUAAUAACUUACCAAAAUAUUGCUCUUUCGCACACAACUAACAGUGACAACAACUAUUGAGGCGAGUAACAGUGUUAUACCAGUGAUACACUAUAUACCAGCUGCUGUGAAUGUUUCAAAAGUGUACGUUUUAGUGAUUUUUGGCCAAUCGAAAGUUUCCUGAGGACGUUACUCGUAUCGGUGGGCUGUCAUUGACAGCCCCCCCAAAAUAUUGUGCCAAUAUGUGGUGGUUAAUUUUAUUUUGUGUUAUAAAUGUACAGACUUUUGGAGUUAAAGCCGAUAUUGGAUUGAUUUCAUCAAACAGCUGUUCGCUGGUGCAGUUCCAGUGUGCUAACAAGGAAUGCAUACCUCAGACUUGGCUGUGCGACGGCCACGCGGACUGCCAGGACGGUUCUGAUGAAGCUUUGGACCAAUGCAAAGACAGCCGCACGUGCACAGCGUCAGAGUUCCGUUGCAAGACGGGCCGGUGCAUACCCAGCUCCUGGCGAUGCGAUAACGAGAAGGACUGCUCAGACAACUCAGACGAGGACUCGGCCAGUUGCACUUCCCAACGAUCUUGCCCGGAACACAAAUUUGUGUGCGCCACCGGGCACUGCAUACCCGGAGCCUGGAAAUGCGACGACCAGGCGGAUUGCCCCGAUGGCUCUGACGAGCACAGCUGUGAUGUGGCGGUAUGCGGCACGGAGCAGUUCACUUGCAGGGGUAAACCUGGCGAGUGCGUCCCGCUCACGUGGAUGUGCGACGACAACCCCGACUGUUCUGAUGGAUCCGACGAAAAAGCAUGCAAUGAAACAUGUCGUUCGGACGAGUUUACGUGCGGAAACGGGAAGUGUAUCCAACAGCGAUGGGUUUGCGACGGCGACGACGACUGCGGCGACAGCAGCGACGAGGUGAAGUGCCCGGCGCCGACCUGCCAGCCGCACACGCACUUCUCCUGCAAGGACGGCCACUGCAUCUCGGCGAGGUGGCACUGCGACGGAGAUAUCGACUGUCCGGACGGCAGUGAUGAGACGGGUUGCGCAACGCCUCCUAAAGUGACAUCGCCAUGUAUAUCUACGGAGUUCGAGUGCCGCGACCGUAUAACGUGCGUGCACAAGGCGUGGGUCUGUGACGGCGACCACGAUUGCCCCGACGGCGGGGACGAGGCCCCAGAAGUGUGCCGGGGAAACGUCACUUGCAGACUCGACCAGUUCCAGUGCAAGGAUCUCAGCUGCAUUCCAGGCGCGCUGUACUGCAAUGGCCAGAAGGAUUGUCCAGAUGACAGCGAUGAGUUGAAUUGCACUAAACCAAAAACCGUAUGCGAUAAGAAAACGGAGUUCGAUUGUGGCGGAGGCAUGUGCAUACCUCUGUCUAAAGUUUGCGACAAGAAACCAGACUGUCCCAACUUCGAGGACGAGCCCAGGGACCGGUGCGGAGAGAACGAGUGCGCCAAGAACAACGGGGGUUGCACGCAGAAGUGCGUCGACACGCCGGUUGGGUACUACUGUGACUGCGACAAGGGGUACAAGCUCGUUGACAACAGGACUUGUGAAGAUAUCGACGAGUGCGCAGACCCUGGCUCAUGCUCCCAAAUGUGCAUCAACGAGAAGGGUACCUUUAAGUGCGAAUGUCACUCCGGGUACGCGCGUGACCCUCGGGACAGGACCCGUUGUAAGGCGACGGAGGGCCACCCAUCUCUUCUGUUCGCCAGGCGGUUUGACAUUCGCAAGAUCAGCUUGGACCACCAUGAGAUGGUCGCCAUCGUUAACGAUACUAAAUCGGCUACUGCGCUGGAUUACGUGUUCAGGACUGGAAUGAUCUUCUGGAGCGACGUCAACGAUGAAAAGAUAUAUAAAGCGCCCAUAGACGAGGGCAGCCAACGCACCGUCGUUAUUGGGGAUCAGCUGAUCACCUCCGACGGUUUGGCCGUAGACUGGAUCUACAACCAUCUGUACUGGACGGAUACUGGCAAGAACCACAUCGAGCUGUCGGACCUGCAGGGCAACAUGAGGAAGAUUCUGAUAAGGGACAGACUUGAAGAGCCUAGGGCAAUCGCGCUUAAUCCUCUCGAUGGGUGGAUGUACUGGACGGACUGGGGCCAGGUGCCCAAAAUCGAGCGCGCUGGCAUGGACGGUUCGCACCGGCAGACCAUCGUGUCCUACGACGUCAAGUGGCCCAACGGACUUACCUUGGAUCUUGUACGGAAACGCGUGUACUGGGUUGACGCAAAAAUGAGCACAAUCUCAUCUUGCAACUACGACGGCAGCGCGCGGCGGGUGGUGCUGUACUCGACCGACGUGCUCCGCCACCCCUUCUCCAUCACCACGUUCGAGGACUGGGUGUACUGGACCGACUGGGACAAGGCCGCUGUGUACCGCGCCAACAAGUUCAACGGAAAGGAUAUCGAAGCUAUCACUUCUACGCACACUCUCCAGAACCCGAUGGUGAUCCACGUGUACCACCCGUACCGGCAGCCGGACGGCGUGAACCACUGCGCCGCCGUGAACGGACACUGCUCGCACCUGUGCCUGCCGGCGCCGCGGAUAGGCCCGCACUCGCCGCGCGUGUCCUGCGCCUGCCCCAACGGGUUGCGCUUGCUGCCCGAUGACCAGAUGUGCGUCGAAGACAAUUCAGUUAAUCCAGAAGUGGAGGUGCAAAAACCGACAGGUUCAAAUGAAAAUAUUGUAGAGGAAAAACCUGUAACCAACGUGCCAGAAAUACCUAAAUCUGACCCAGGAAUCUCAAACAACGGCCGCGACGCAGGCGUCAUCGCCGGAAUAGUUGUUGCUGUAAUAUCAGGAGUCAUUAUAUUAGCAGCAUUGAUUGCUGUGGUGAUGUACCGGCACUACGUGCACCGCAACGUCACGUCUAUGAACUUUGACAACCCCGUGUACCGCAAGACCACCGAGGAUCAAUUCGCGCUCGAGAAGAAUGGGUACGCGCCCGGCAGCAAACUGUACCCGAGCACCGUGGGAGAGGAGGCUCAAGAACCUCUCAACACGCCCGGUACAAAUGAGUUUGUAUAGUGCUCGAGCUGGCAGUAAAUACGUUAUAUUGUCGUUGAAUGCGAAAAGAAAAAGACGGACAAUGUGAUACUUUAAAAUAGUGAACCAGUGAAUGGGUUUAAGCUGACAGUUUUGCAGAAAACUCUAAAAUAGUUAGCGUUAGUGCAGUGAAAGUGUGGCGCCGAUCGGAACCAAGUUCAGUUAGCUGUCACGCCUCGCACCUUUAUGGAUCUCAAAAUUAUGAGUUUGUCAUUUCAUGCGGUAUCGGGUCUGAAGGCCGAGAAACUUAACCGCGCUACUAAACCUGUGGUCGAGUAUCACAAUGUGCAGAAAGGGACACGUCUGCUACUACAUUUUAUUAGACUGUGAAUAGCGUAGAGAUUAGAUACAAAUUGCUUUAUCAGCAGAUGCCUGGUGCAUAGUAAUUAUUUAUAUUAACUAUAUUUUUUUUAUAUUCAACUUUUAGUUAAGUGUUUUAAUUACAAUGCUUUUGUAUAACGAACUCAAGAGAUUGGUUGAUUUUUUAAUAUAAUAAAAUGAAGCUCAUUUUUAUAUAGCGAGAUGUACUUAUAUAGUAAAUUUACAAUAAUGUUAUUAUUGAAUAUGUAUGCAUGCAGUACAUGAAGUACCGAGACACAUGUAACAAAUUCUUAAGAACCAAAUAUGCAACGAUUUGCGUCAUUGUAAAAGCAUCA